AUGGUGCAGAAGACGAGCAAACUCGGGGGCACGGCCUCCAAUGUCUCUGUUUCGCGUGUUGCGCAUGGCCUAAUGCUGAUGACAUGGACCCCGACUCCCGUUCCCGACGAGCAAUGUUUCGAGGCGAUUAAGGCUGGGGUCGAUGCUCUUCCAGCAGGCACGAAGAUGCUUCUAAACAGCGCUGAAUUCUACGGGCCAACAAUGGGCACGGAUAACCUGGAAAUGUUAGCGCGUUUCUACGCCAAGUACCCCGACUAUGCGGACAAAACAUUUGUGGUCGUCAAAGGCGGCUUCGAUCGCGCCAAAUUUGCGCCAAACAACAGCCCGGAAUUCCUCCGCGCGAGCGCCGACAACUGCCAGAAGGCGCUCGGACCCAACAAGAAGGUCGAUGUCUACGAGCCUGCACGGGUUGACAAACAGUUUCCCAUUGAGGAGACGAUGAAAGUGCUGGUCGAGCUGAAGAACGAGGGCAAGUUUGACCAUAUCGGGUUGUCAGAGUGCAGCGCCGCCACACUGCGCAGAGCCCACGCCGUCUAUCCUGUUAGCACGGUCGAAAUCGAAGUCAGUGCCUUCUCGUACGAGGAGGAGACGAUCAAAGUCAUUGACGCGGCAACUGAACUCGGAGUCUCGGUUUUGGCUUACUCCCCCCUUGGUCGUGGUAUGCUCACCGGAGCACUGAAAAGCCUUUCCGAGCUGCCAGAGGGCGACAUGCGACACCGGUUUACAAGGUUCAAAGACGAAGAGACCCUAAAACACAACCUCAUGAUUGUUGACGAGCUCAAGAGCUUCGCUGAAACGAAGGGCAUCACCGUCGGGCAGCUUUGCAUUGCGUGGGUGGCAGCACAGAGCCCAGUGAUGAUUCCGAUUCCAGGCUCCUCGAAACACCCCCGCACCCUCGAAAACCUCUCGGCAGGAGAUGUAGAACUGAGCGGAGCAGACGUGAAGAAAGUCAGCGACAUCAUCGCUAGUCAUGGCGGAGUGAAAGGUGAUCGCUCGAAUGGCAUGGCUAUGCAUCUCUGGGGCUGA